AGGAACGUGUUCGCCAUAAUGAUAAUAAACCGUGAACACAAAGCUACAAAAGGCAGAUGAAGUCGCUCCCGUGAAACAGGGUUUGGUGCGCUGGUAGUCGCCGCACAACAACCAAGUCGGGACUCGUAUCAGUGGAUUUAAAUCUCAAUAUACCUGAGAAAAACCAGCAGGAACUGAGGAAAAACGAGCUUGUGCCAUGGCGUCAGCAUCUGCCACUGUGGACUCCAAGGCAGAACUGACCACUCUGUUGGAACAGUGGGAGAAGGAACAAGACAGCAGCACAGUGGAGCUGGUGAACAUUCUCACCAAAAUAUCUGAGCUUGUUGAAAAGGAGACUGAGGAGUACCACAAAGCUGACCCUGACCCUUUUGAUGAUCGACAUCCUGGGAGAGCUGAUCCAGAAUGUGUGUUAGGACAACUCCUGAAGAUCCUGUUCAAAAAUGAUGAUUUCAUGAACACAUUGGUGAACAGCUAUGUGAUGACCAGCAGAGAGUUUUCUUUAAAUGCGGCAGCUUGCCGCUUGUUGCAGAACAUCAUGCCGGGAUUGGAGACGGCUGUGGUUUUUCAAGAAAAGGAGGGUAUAGUUGAAAGGCUGUUCAAGUGGGCUCAGGAGGCUGAACAGCCUCUGAGAAUCUAUGCCACCGGCUUGUUGGCGGGCGCCAUGGAGAACCAAGACAUUGCUGCCAACUACAGAGAGGAGAACUCUGUUUUGGUGCCUUUGAUGCUUCAUCGGAUGCGUGAGCUUCAGAAUAAGGAUGCUGAGAACAAAAGGGAAACCAAAUGGUUCAGCCCCAGGAAGAUUCUAAGUGAGCCUUUGUUGCGUUUAGAUGAGGAGACUGUUGACGGAGGCUUUGAAGACAAGCCUUUCACACCCACGAGAAACGGAGCAGAAAAGGAUGCAAUGGGGCCACAAGACGACGCUGAAGUUCCCUUCUCAUCCAUGGAACCUGAAAACGAGCUUUCGUUUCGUUUCAACUCCCCUGACAAGACGAGCAGCCGUUCCAACUCGGUUGUUAAAACCAUGAUGAAGCCCAUGUCUGCUCCCGGCUCUCUGACACACCCAGGCCUAUCUGACGGCAGCAGCUACUUAAAACGGAGGGCAGAGAGGGAGAGUGCCAGGACCUCAAAACAGAAGCUGAAUUUCUCUUUGCCCGAGCCAGAGAGGAACUUCAGUGAGCUUUCCAACAGCAGCUGGUCAGAGAUGAGCCCCUGGGUGAUUGGCAACAAUUUUCAUCUGUACCCUUUGACCCCAGAGAUCGAGCAGAGGCUCAUCCUGCAGUAUCUCACCCCUCUGGGGGAGUAUCAGGAGCUUCUGGCAGUGUUUAUGCAAAUGGGAGCUCGUGAGCUGAUGAUGCACUACAUGGAUCUGAAGCAGACCAAUGAUGUUCAGCUCACCUUCGAGGCUCUCAAGUAUCUGGCUUCACUGCUGUUGCACAAGAAAUUUGCUGCAGAGUUUGUUGCUCAUGGAGGAGUUCAAAGGUUGCUGGAAAUCCCAAGACCUUCAAUGGCUGCUACUGGAGUGUCCCUGUGCCUGUAUUACCUAGCUUAUAACCAGGAUGCCAUGGAACGGGUGUGCAUGUUGCCCCACUCUGUCUUGUCAGAUGUGGUUGGUUACACGCUGUGGCUGCUCGAAUGUUCACAUGCAUCAGGCUGCUGCCACGCCACCAUGUUCUUCUCCAUCUCCUUUUCUUUCCGCGCUGUCCUGGAGCUUUUCGACAAGCAGGAUGGGCUCCGGCGGCUCGUCAACCUGAUCAGCACACUGGAGAUCCUGAAUCCUGAGGACCAGGGAACACUGCUGAGUGAUGAUGAGAUUUUCUCCAGCAGGCAGCGAGCCAAGCACACCUGCAUGGCUUUGCGCAGGUACUUUGAGGCCCAUCUGGCAAUCAAGGUGGAGCAGGUGAAGCAAUCCCUGCAGCGCACAGAGGGGGGCGCCCCCAUUCACUCGCAACCAUAUUACAAGGCUGUCAGCUACAGCCGUGAGCAGGUGGUGGAAAUGAUGGAGUUUCUGAUAGCGUGUGGUCCACGGCUUUACUGGGAACCAGCAGAGGUCUUUCACAAGCUGUCUUGUGUCCAGCUGCUCCUGCAGCUCAUUUCCAUCGCCUGUGACUGGAGGACCUACUAUGGCAGGAGUGAUACGGUUCGUUAUGCCCUUGACAUCCUGAGCAUCCUCACAGUUGUUCCAAAGACUCAACUAUUGUUGUCUGAACCCGUUGCUGUGCUGGAUGAGGGAGGAAGUACAGUUUCUACUGUCGGGAUGAGUAUAGUCCUGGCUGUGGCAGAGGGAGAGGUGUUUGUGAAUGACGCAGAGAUUCAGAAGUCUGCUCUGCAGGUCGUCAUCAAUUGUGUUUGUGCACCAGAUAAACGCAUAUCUAGCAUUGGUAAGUUUGUCGCAGGGAUGCCCCGUCGCCGCCUGCCUCAGCACACCAAAGCCCACGAGAGCGUGCUCACCAGGAUGUGGAAUGUCGUGCAGUCAAACAAUGGCAUCAAGGUGCUGCUGUUCCUGCUAACAGUGAAGAUGCCCAUUACAGAUGCUGAUCAGAUCCGAGCUCUUGCCUGUAAAGCUCUGGUGGGACUCUCCCGCUCCAGCUCUGUCAGACAAAUCAUCAGCAAGCUGCCGUUGUUCAGCAGCGGACACAUCCAGCAGCUCAUGAAGGAGCCCGUGCUCCAGGACAAACGCAGCGAACAUGUCAAGUUCUGUAAGUUUGCUGCCGAACUGAUGGAAAGGAUCUCAGGGAAACCAUUGCUGAUUGGCACAGAUGUGUCACUAGCAUGGUUGCAGAGGGCCAGUGUAGUCGCUCAGUCCAAGAUCACCUUCCCCGAGAAGGAGCUGCUGCUUCUUAUUAGGAACCACCUCAUGGCCAAAGGCCUGCUCGACACGGCAACGACUCUCACCAAAGAGGCAGAUCUCCCCAUGGCGUGUCUGUCCCACUGUUCACAUUCGACUUCUGCUUUCCCUUCUGUUGCUCCUCCCCCAACCGCCUCCCCCGUUGCUACACUGCCCCGCACCCCACGGCUGGCCAGUGGUGUUGUUUCAAGACUUGGUAACCAUCCCUCUCAUUCAUCCACCCCAGGAUCCAGCCAUCCCCAAACGCGUCCCUCCACAUCACAACUGGCUGUUCCUUCCUCCAGUACCGUCCCACCAUCUUCUGUCCCACACUGCAACACUGGCUCCCCACUGAUUGGGCGCAUCAUUUUCUCUCGUGAACGACAAACACCGUGUAGUACAGUAAACUGCAAGAAACCUCGAGUGCUUCGACAGAAGUCUGACCACGGGGCCUUCAGCCAGAGUCCAGCCAUGAAGAAGCAGUUUGACAGACACUUGCCUUCCCCACCUGCCCUGGACAGCAUAAUUACAGAGUACCUGAGGGAACAGCACGCACGCUGUAAAAACCCUGUUGCAACCUGCCCACCUUUCUCUCUUUUCACUCCCCAUCAAUGUCCCGAGCCCAAACAGAGACGACAAGCGCCCAUCAAUUUUACAUCCCGACACUCUCAGAGAGUCAUCUACCCAAAAUACGGAGGUGUUGAUGGAGGAUGCUUUGACAGACAUCUUAUUUUCAGCAGGUUUCGGCCCAUCUCUGUGUUCAGGGAGGCAGAUGAGGAUGAGAGUGGAUUUACAUGUUGUGCCUUUUCUGCUCGUGAACGGUUCCUGAUGCUGGGGACGUGUACGGGACAGCUCAAGCUCUAUAAUGUGUUUACAGGCCAAGAAGAAGCUAGUUACACCUGUCACAAUUCAGCAAUCACUCACCUGGAGCCCUCACGGGAUGGGUCUCUGCUCUUAACGUCAGCCUCUUGGACUUACCCUAUGUCUGGACUCUGGGGGAUGAAAUCAGUGUUCAUUAUUAAGCAUUCCUUCCAGGGGGACCACUAUGUGGAGUUCAGUAAGCUUUCACAGGACCGGGUCAUUGGGACUAAAGAACAUGUAGCACGUAUUUAUGACAUCCAGACCGGUCAGAUUACUCAGACUCUGAGCAACCCUGACCUGGCAAACAGCUACAAGAGGAACUGUGCCACCUUCAACCCAACAGACGACCUGGUUCUGAACGAUGGCGUUCUGUGGGACGUACGUACGGCUCAGGCCAUCCACAAGUUUGACAAGUUCAACAUGAACAUCAGUGGUGUGUUCCACCCCAACGGCCUGGAGGUCAUCAUCAACACAGAGAUCUGGGAUCUGCGUACCUUCCACCUCCUCCACACGGUCCCUGCUCUGGACCAGUGCAGAAUAGUUUUCAACAAUAGCGGCACCGUCAUCUAUGGAGCAAUGUUGCAAGCUGAUGAUGAAAGCGACAUGAUGGAAAUGCAGAUGAAAAGUCCAUUUGGAUCAUCGUUCAGGACCUUCAACGCCACAGAUUAUAAACCAAUUGCCACAAUUGAUGUCAAGAGGAAUAUAUUUGACCUUUGCACAGAUACUAAAGACUGCUAUCUCGCCGUCAUUGAGAACCAAGACUCGGUCAACACUGACACUGUGUGUCGGCUCUAUGAAGUUGGUCGGCAGAGACUUGCAGAGGAAGAGGAAGAGGAUGAGGAGGAUCAGGAGGAUGAGGAUCAGGAGGAAGACGACGACGACGAUGAUGACGAUUCAGAUGAUGACGUUGACACCGAUCCUCUCAUUGCCGAACUGGAAAAUGAGAACGGUGGCGAGGAUGAAGACGAUGACGAUGAGGAUGAUGGUAACGAUGAUUUCUCUCCCUCUGAUGAGGAGGUCGCACGUCUUCUUGAAGAUGAUGGUGAUGCUGGGGAUGAUGACGACGAAGAGGACGACGAUGACAACGACGAGGAUGACACUGAUAAUGAUGAUGUUGAUCUGGAUGGAGACAAUGACAGCUCGGACAACUCUGACCUUGAGGAUGACAUCAUCCUAUCCCUCAACGAGUGAGGGGGGAGCAUCAGCAUCUAGGACUGAGGAUCCAGGAACCGUGUCACGACUUGUGCCUCACAGAUGUUGGAGCUGCGAGGGAGCGGGACAGAAAGAGAGAACCCACAGCAGGAGAGUUGAAGCACUGCCGCUUUGAAAACGUGAGCGUGAGGCAGAAAAACAAAAAAUGAUUGUUACAUGAUCUAAUUUUUAUAAAGAGAAAAUGUGAGUUUGUGAGUGUGUAGGCAGGAUUUAAACACCGGUUUUAUAAAGUAUCACAUU